CACCCCUCUCAGUUCCCUGUCCUCCUCAGACCCUAGUUCACCCCUCUCAGUUCCCUGUCCUCCUCAGACCCUAGAUCACCCCUCUCAGUUCCCUGUCCUCCUCAGACCCUAGUUCACCCCUCUCAGUUCCCUGUCCUCCUCAGACCCUAGAUCACACCUCUCAGUUCCCUGUCCUCCUCAGACCCUAGUUCACCCCUCUCAGUUCCCUGUCCUCCUCAGACCCUAGAUCACACCUCUCAGUUCCCUGUCCUCCUCAGACCCUAGAUCACACCUCUCAGUUCCCUGUCCUCCUCAGACCCUAGAUCACCCCUCUCAGUUCCCUGGCCUCCUCAGACCCUAGUUCACCCCUCCUCCCCCUCGCAUCACCCUUAAUGAGACCUCCAUAUGUGUCUCCUCACUUAUCUGGCUCGGUCAGCUUGACCUGCCACUCUUGGUCCUUACUCCUUCCCAUGGGUGAACAUAGAUCCCAGAAUCAGAGGUAAUCUGUUACCAGAGGUAACAGCUGAGUGUUCCCAGCUGUUCACCCACGGCCACUUCCCUCUUCACUGUCCUAGGAAGCCAUGUUUUAUAACUCCUGAACACAUAACAGCCUCACUUGAGAUAUGCACACACAUACUCACAAACUGACAACUCUCCCUGGCCCCCCUUUCUCCGCUUUGACAAGACCCCUGUUCCCACAUUCCUUGCUAUAAACUAGUUUAGGACAUAGCCCAACCUUUCUUCCUCACCACUGCGCACCACACAUGCCUGCCUACCUGCUCUAUCAUCAAUAAACCACGACACCAGUCUCACAGGCACACCACUGAAUACGUUAAAUACAUAAAACGGACUAGUUGGUGUGUCUUUGCUGCCACCGUGUGGUUAUACAGUGAACGACGUGGAGGUUGUUGUCAUAGUAAUCAUGGAAAGGUUGUUUUGUCAACAACAGGUGGCUUUUCCUUCCGUUCUUGUCCACGUUGGUCUAAUUCGAUCAACUGUGUAGUAAUUAACACAUACGCAAAUAUGGCAGGAAAAAGUGGACUAGAAGAACUGGACAUAGAGGCUUUGAGCGCUGAGCAACAGGAGACACUUAAACAAUAUAAGAUAAAAACAAGAAUUGACAAUGAAAAAUAUUUAAGAGCGCAUCCAGAAGUCGAGUUGUUGAUGAGCGACUUCCUAAGAGAUGUGUUCCUCAAAAGACCAGUCGACAUACGUGAGUUCGCGGCAGGUCACUUUACAAACCCAAACCUGGCCACGAAGAUCACUUCCCAUCUACACGGCUUUACUGAAACAGACUAACUUACAGAAAGCUUCUUCAAUACCUUUUUUUUUAAGCUCUGAUAAGCAGUCUGAUACAAUAGCUUGAUUCAGUUAUGAAAUGAAAUACUGUAUCUUUGUUUUAAUUUGCUUCAAUGCAAACUCUUUGUAUUUCAGAUUUUCACAGAAAGUAUCAUUUUGAAUUGUAGACAGAGAUGGUAUGGCAUGUGAAGUCCACACAUCCUUCACUCUAGUAUAAGUACAGAUACUCAUGUUUAGAAAGACGUAAGACGUUUAAAGUAAUGACUACACUUUUCACUCAAGUUAAAGUAAAGAAGUAUGGUCUCUGUAUACUUAAGUAAAAAGUAGUCUUUACUACUACCUGUUGGACCUCACAGCAUAUUAAUACACUGAUACAAAAAUGUUGUCAUUCGCCAGGAAUCCUUUUUGACGCAGACAACUGACAUUUAGACAUUUAGUCAUUUAGCAGACGCUCUUAUCCAGAGCGACUUACAGUAAGU